AUGUGUCAGUGUGCAGGAUCCGCGAGAGGCGGCACGCGGGACCCGAGGUGUGAGGUUGCGGCACUUCUGGCGACAUUUGACAAGCAUUGCGCUGCCGAAUUGACUGUGAACAGCGAUCCGAGUCAUAAAGACAGUCAGUGUUUUUCGAUUUCACAAAAUAUGAACAUGAAAAGGUGGCGCUUCUUCCUCCUGCUGACUCAAAGUAAAUAAAGUUCGAUGAACUUCGAUUGUGGUUGUUUCUGCUUGAAGUAUUAUGGGAACGGUGUCUAUCGAUUGCAUUCUUAGUGACAUUAUCAGUAAGGGCGCAAUUUGUUGUGAUCAGUUGAUGUUAUCUUGACGUAAUCAGCAACCACUUUCAUAUAAUUGAGUCAGGAAACGGGUUGUGUGAAGCGAAUUCUUUGUGAAGAAAUUGUUGUUGCUUUGUGUUCUAUCCUAGUGUGUUUGGUUUGCAUUCACAGUUCUUGUUCAAUAAAGGUAUUUGAAGUAUG